CCUACGGUAUCCCCUACUCACUGUGUCGUCUAAAACCUACAUUACGAAAUAAUGGAGGGUAAGAUUAAAAAAAAUAUCAUGUCAAAGCUAAACUUCUUUCAUUACUGUUCACACUACGUAAAAAUAUGGACGGACUCCCUCAACAACUGAAAGAAGAUGGUGCAAUUAAGUGUUUCCGAAGAUCUAAAUCGAUGAGUUCUCUGAGCGAUGAUAUUAAUAUGACUUUCUACCAAAUAGAUAACGAGCCUAUAAAACAAUUAUGUGGCUACGCAUACGCAUGCAGAAGCUACACGGUAAGCGGGUCGUCUGUGGAAGCGUAUCGUCAGGGUCCGUCCUCAAUUUUGGACUCUGACUCCGAACCCUCGGUGCAUGGACGCAAGGUCGCCCAGGAUGGGGCCUCAAGCUGUGAUGGCGAGGCAAUGUUGAAUUUGGAACGGAAGAUUGAUCGUUUGAGUCAUUUGUUCGAAGAACAGUGCAAGAUGCUGGGGGCCAUAAAAGGUGAGGUGCAGGAGUCCAAGGCCCCGCCCGAGGGCUCGGGCUACGCGUUCGCACACAUGCUGGCCGAAGUCGUCAACAAGAGCAAUAGCAGAAUAAAAGAGCUCGUUCAAAGCGAUUCAUCCGAGUCGCUGGAGCCGAACCCUCGCGCCAAGAGCCUGCUGGACGCCAUCGAGACCAAGCGAGCCUCCUCGCUGGACGGGCACGUGCGCGACGCGCUUACUGCCUUCCUACAGAGUGACGAGCUGCGCUCGCGCGUGGCGUCGGCGACGGCGGCGAGCGUGCGGUCGGUGGUGCGGGACGGCGCGCGCGGCGUGUCGGCCGCGUGCCUGCCCGCGCUCGCGCGCCAGCACCGCCGCCUCGCCCGACAAGUCUCCAGGACGCUGGAAGACGCUUUCGCCGAACUAACUACCGGAUACCUAAAGAUUACUUUGCUGCUUUACGAAAUUGCAGUGGAAGAGAACUCGGCCCAGCUGUCGCGGCACAUGCACAAAACCACGCGCGAGCUGCGGCGCGCACUUGACGCCCACAGCCUGAACGCGCCCGAUACCCACUUCGCCGACGCUUUGCGGAACACCGUUGAGGAACUGCUAGACAAAGAGCUGAAGCAAUGGCGUCAAAAAGUCCUCGACAUAAUAGUGACGGAGCUGCAGGCGGAGUAUUUCGAGGACUACUCGGGUUCUUCUGAACCUCCGGACUGCCCGCUCAGCCCGAGUAGCCCGCCGCAGCCGGCCGACCCCGAACGAUCCAUCAUUGACCAACUGGUAAGACGCUAA